AGAGAAGUAGGCUAAGAGAGACGACAACUGCUCAUAAAAGAGAGAAAGUACCAAGAAAAAACAGAGGAAAGACACACGAACAAAAUGAGAAAGUUCAUAAAAUUCUCUUUAAAAGCAAGUAAAUUUUAAAGAUUACAGAAGGCGACUCCAUGGAAGAGUGCCGGUUCGAGACGAGCGAGUUACAGGCCUCGUUCAUGAUGUCGACUCCUUUAUGGUCCAACUCAUGGAGUUUAUGCAACGCCGCUGAUUCCGCAAGAAACAUUCAGAUCCAGCACGUGGCUCGGAUCAUGUACGUUGCUAUACCAAAGGUGGAGAUGAAUCAACCAGGGGAUCUUGUGGGCGUAGCAGUUGGUGGAGAUGCGCUUUUCUCGGCCUUGUCCUCAUCACUGCCCUCCGGUGAGCCUCCGCUUAUGGUCAACGGUGCAAUACAUGACCUUUUUGUUUCAUCGUGUCUCCUCAUUCAAUCACAGAUCACGCAAGGAUUGGGGCAGGAAGAAACUAAACAAGUGGUAAUUACCGGACAUUCAACUGGCGGCGCCUUAGCCGCACUCACCGCACUUUGGCUUCUCUCACAACCUUCUCCGCCGCCAUUCCGCCUCCUCUGCAUCACCUUCGGCUCUCCUUUGCUUGGAAACCAAUCUCUCUCUUCCUCAGUGUCCCGAUCACGUUUGGCGCACAAGUUCUGCCACGUGGUCUCCGUCCACGACCACGUUCCCAGAGGAAAUGAUGAUCGGUUCUGGCCCUUUGGAACCUAUCUCUUCUGCUCCGACAGUGGAGGUCUUUGCUUAGACAAUGCCGAUUCGGUUCGUGGGAUGUUUCGUAUACUCAACUCGACAGGAACUCCGAACAUCGAGGAACAUCAAAGGUACGGACAUUACGUGUCCACACUCUCUCACCAGUCUCUAAUAUCUAGAAGCUUUCGUGGUGGACGUAUCCCAGAGAAUAGCUACGAAGCUGGUGUUGCGUUAGCUGUUGAGUCUCUAGGAUUUUCUUAUGAUCAAGAAAGUGGUGUGUCGGUGAAAGAGUGCAUAGAAGCAGCUACGGAAAAAAGUCGUGCUCCGAUUUUGAGAGCGAGUGAGUUAGCUAUUGAGCUUGGUAAUGUCUUGCCAUCGAGACUAGAUAUUCAAUGGUACAAAGACAGUUGUGAAGCGUCACCAAAACAGCUAGGUUACUACGAUAACUUCAAACAAUUCUCAAAUGCAAGAGAGAUAAGGGUGAACAUGAGUCGCGCAAAGCUAGCUAAGUUUUGGGAUGGCGUGUUUGAAAUGGUGGAGAAGAAUAAGUUACCUUUUGAUUUUCAUCUGGGGAAGAAAUGGGUAUACGCAUCACAGUUUUACCAACUCUUAGCCGAACCACUAGACAUUGCGUACUUCUACAAGUACAAAUAUUCAAGGACGAGUGGUCAUUACAUGAAGAGUGGGAAUAGACCCAAAAGGUAUGUAGUGAUUGAUAAGUGGUGGAAAGAAAGAGGAGCGCCUCAUAAAGAGAAGCGUGCGAGAACUCGGUAUGCUAGCACUACGCAGGAUACUUGCUUUUGGGCUAAGCUUGAGGAAGCAAAAGAAUGUUUGGAUGAUCUGAGCUGCGAGAGUAUAGAUUUGCAGAAGCGAACUUUGUUGAGGGAAAAGAUUGUUGGGUUUAAGAGCUAUGCUGAUACAUUGGUGCAGAUGAAGGAAGUUUCUUUGGAUGUCUUGGCGAAGAACUCGAGUUACAGUGUGUGGGUGGAGAAAGUGGAGAAACUUGGAGAGUUCAAGUUAAAAAUGAGUAAUGGAGUUGUUGAUGAGAGUGACGCAAUGGAGACUUAGUAAGAUUAAUAGCAAAUCUAACGUAUGCUAUGCUAUAUAAUAAUCUUUAUCAGUUGCUGUUCAUCAUGUUUAUGUAGUACUUUCUCAUGUAUGCUUUUAUUCUAAGACAAUGUUCAUCAUUAUGUUCAACAAGUUUAUGCAAGGUUUCUAAUUUAUGUAA